UAGUCCUUAGACAAACCAAUUCGUUAGAGAAAAUGUCGUUUAAUAGCCGAACUUUCAAAACUGGAGAAAGUAAAAGAGACAUCAAGGAAUGAGAGAGCCGACGAAGAGACCGCCACGGCCUUGGAUUACGCCACGGAGAGAUAUUAUGCAGGUGGCUACUUUAAUUGCAGUCUAUGCAAAUUGGAGCUUUGCUGCGAUAGAAGGAAUUGGUUGGGGAUGGGCUGGGGUCAUUUGGCUUUAUAACAUCAUAUUCUAUGUCCCACUUGAUUUCAUCAAAUUCUUCAUCUGCUACACUCUUAGUGGCAGAGCCUGGGAUCUUGUUAUCGAACAAAGGGUUGCGUUCACAAGGCAAAAGGAUUUUGGGAAAGAACAAAGAGAGCUGCAAUGGGCGCACGCACAGAGAACGCUCCAUGGUCUACAGGCACCAGAUACUAAGAUGUUCACAGAUCGAACCCAUGUCUGUGAACUUAACCAAAUGGCUGAAGAAGCCAAGAGGAGAGCUGAAAUCGCUAGGUUGCGGGAACUUCACACGCUCAAGGGCCAUGUUGAAUCAGUGGUGAGACUCAAAGGACUCGACAUAGAAACCAUUCAACAAGCUUACACUGUCUGAGAGAGACUGAGUGCAAGCUGAUCUCAGUUGGGUCAUGUCAUGACUCAUGAGGUGUCUGUAGUUAACACAUA